AUUUCCCAAGAUAUAGAUACGCAUUUCGAAAUUCGAGUUAACAGUUUCGAUACUUAUUAUAGGCCUGUUUUGCACAUUGAGCAGCAUUAUACUAUAGUUAGGAACAAUAUUUCGAUAUCCAAAGAAUCGAUUGUCGUCACCUGUUGAAUUUAGGGGAACCCCAAUCCAUGCAAUCCCGAUCCCAGACGGUAAAGGAGGGGUUUGUCGCGUCGUCUUAAGACUUAACUUAAGCUGAAAGUUUGCAAUCAUGGCCGGAGAAUUUCUUCCAAAGCUUUUCAGCUUCAUCGACAAUCAUCAAGAUGAGUACGUCAAGAGACUGGCCGACGCAGUGGCCAUACAGAGUGUGUCUGCUUGGCCAGAGAAACGAUCGGAGAUCAAACGCAUGCUGGAAGUAGUGGCUCAGGACCUCCGAAAGCCGGAAGUCGGGGCGACGAUUGAGCUAGCAGACAUCGGCAUGCAGGAGUUGGAGGAUGGAACGGUCAUCCCGUUGCCUCCUAUCCUCCUCGGUCACCUUGGCGACGACCCCAAGAAGAAAACGGUUUGCAUCUACGGUCACUUGGACGUGCAGCCGGCCAAAAAGGAGGAUGGCUGGUCGACCGACCCGUUCGUUCUGACUGAAGUUGAUGGCAAGUUGUACGGACGUGGCUCGACUGAUGACAAAGGACCUGUACUAUCCUGGCUGAACGUCAUUGAAGCCUACCGCGCCUUGAAGCAAGACAUUCCUAUCAACAUUAAGUUCUGUUUUGAAGGAAUGGAAGAAUCAGGCUCGGAGGGCUUAGAGGAACUGAUCGAGGCUCGUAAGGACACAUUUUUCAAGGAUGUGGACUACGUGUGCAUCUCCGACAACUAUUGGCUGGGCAAGAACAAGCCGUGUAUCACAUAUGGUUUGAGGGGAUUGUGCUAUUUCUUCCUGGAGGUGGAAUGUUCCAAGAAGGACCUGCAUUCUGGUGUCUAUGGAGGCUCUGUGCAUGAAGCCAUGACGGACCUGAUAGCGCUACUGGACAGCCUCGUAGACGUCACAGGUCACAUCAAGGUCCCUGGUGUCUACGACAAAGUCGCUGAACUGACGGAGGAAGAAGCCAGUCUCUAUGGACCAAUCGACUUUGACUUGGAGGAAUAUCGUCAGGAAAUCGGGACAGAACGUCUGCUUCACGACAGCAAAGAUAAGAUCCUGCAACAUCGUUGGCGCUAUCCAUCCCUGUCCAUCCAUGGAAUCCAGGGGGCCUUUGACGGAGCCGGUUCCAAGACAGUGAUCCCUCGCAAGGUGACUGGUAAAUUCUCCAUCCGUCUGGUACCCAACCAAUCUCCAGAAGAGAUUGGCCAGUUGGUAGUCAAGUACCUGACUGAUAUUCACACGGCGCGAGGCUCACCCAAUAAAAUAAAUGUUUCGGCAGGCCACUCUGGGAAGAGUUGGCUUAGUGAGUUUGAUCAUCCCCACUACCUGGCUGGCCGCAAGGCCGUCAAGACAGUGUUUGGAACUGAGCCUGACAUGACGCGCGAGGGCGGUAGCAUCCCUGUGACCAUCGCGCUCCAGAACGCGACCAACAAGAACGUCAUGUUGCUUCCCAUGGGCGCUUGCGACGACAGUGCUCACUCCCAGAAUGAGAAAUUCAACCGCUCAAACUACAUCAACGGGAUUAAACUACUUGGAGCCUACUUUGAGGAGGUAGCUAAACUGGAGUAAAACCGCCUAAACUGGUUGAACCGUCCACUAACUUGGAUUGAAGGUUUUAUUAACCGGCUCUCACUUUCAACCAUGUAGGAUUGGAAGUGUAUUCCUUUAAGCAUCCAAAGCAAUUUGCAAGCAAUCUUGUAUUUUUUCUAGCUAUUUAAAAUAUGGGAAAAGGGCUGUAUACAAUAGAUGCAAUAUUCAUUUCAUUCCAAGACUAGAAUAUUAGUAUGGCUGAAAUAACUUCUAUAUGUCAGCAAAAAUUAUUUUCCAAAAACAUAUGAAUUCUAAAAACAAUGUGUUUUAUUUCAAUCACUGUUAAUAAUCAUGUUUAAAGGGAAUAUACAUCAUUGGCUUUUGC